AUGCCGGCUGAAACCAAUCUACCAAAGCCCGCCUUCCUGCUACUGGAAGACGGCACUUUUUUUAAGGGCAAAUCUUUUGGCGCAUCGGGAACAAGUGGGGGCGAGCUCUGCUUCAAUACAGGAAUGACAGGGUACCAGGAAGUUUUUACAGAUCCUUCCUAUACCGGCCAGAUAUUGAUCAUGAACAAUGCCUACGUAGGAAACUACGGUGUGAAAGAUGAAGAUGUGGAAAGUGAUUCCGUAAAGAUCCGCGGCCUUAUCUGUAAAAAUAUCUCGGACCGCUACAGUCGUAUGACGGCCAGUGACAACCUGGAACAUUACCUGCAGAAAAAUGGCAUUGUGGCCAUUCAUGAUGUAGAUACCCGGGCACUGGUACAACAUGUGCGCAGCAAGGGAGCCAUGAACUGCAUUAUCUCUACCGAGAUCACCGAUGAAGCCAGCCUGAAGGCAGCGCUGGCCGGGGUACCGGAUAUGAGUGGCCUGGAACUGUCGUCCGAAAUUUCCACGAAGGAAAGUUAUACGGAAAAGCUGGAUAAGAUAUUCUGGCCUUCAUCGAUUGCCGUAUUUGGACCAACAACGCCAUUGCGGGAUACGCCACAGGCAACGGUUGUAGAACCACGAACGGUGUAUGGCAUCUCUAAAUAUGCCGGCGAGCUUUGGUGCCAGUACUACCACCAGCGCUACGGCCUCGAUGUACGCAGCCUUCGUUAUCCCGGACUGAUCUCGUGGAAAGGUGAACCAGGCGGCGGUACUACCGAUUACGCUGUGGAGAUCUACCAUAAAGCCCUGGAACAAGGCCACUAUACCUCCUUCCUGAAAGAAGGCACCUACCUGCCGAUGAUGUAUAUGGAUGAUUCCAUCCGCGGUACCAUUGAGCUGAUGGAAGCCGGUGCCGAAAAAAUGAAAACACGCAUGGCCUAUAACAUCAGCGCCAUGAGCUUUGCCCCUGAAGAAGUAGCCGCUUCUAUCCAACAACACCUUCCUGAUUUUAAGAUCGAUUACAAGCCGGAUUUCCGCCAGGAUAUUGCCGACGGAUGGCCGCAAAGUAUUGAUGACAGCGCCGCCCGUAACGACUGGGGCUGGCAGCACCGCUUCGACCUUGACAAGAUGACUACCGCGAUGCUGGACAAUCUUAAAAAGAAAUAA